GGUGACAACUUGAUCAGACUGCGCUUUCUACACUGAUCACAGAGGUACAGACAUAUAGGGUAUGGGGCAGAAGUGGAAGUAUUGGAUGCUCGGCUCAGCACUGGUUGAGACUUUUUUAUUUUCUGGAUGUCUUCUUGGCUGGAAUUCCCUGAACCCUAUACUGAGCCAGCUGGGGGUCCUCUCUGGGCACUGCCCUGCAGAUCAGAAGGUUCCUGAAACUUGGAGUAAUGAUAGUACUGGUCUACUCUCCCACCCAACAAUGGUUCCAACAGAUCCAGGUUCCCUUCCUAGAAAGCCUCUGAUUAUCUGCAUCCCUCAAGAACGAGCCCUGAACAUUGGAUUUACCCUGGGCUGUCUCUUUCUGGGAGGAACCUUUUUGCCUCUUCAGCUUGUCGUGGCGUCAGUCUACCUGCGGUCUCUGCGACAGAUUGGAGGGGCCCUGGUUGCUGUCUCUUGUCUGAUGGUGGUUUAUUCCUGCACUAAUCCUCGAGGCCUCUCCCUGUUCCUGCCAGCCUCCCUUUUAUUUAUGGGUGUUGGAGGCUGCUGUGUUCUGUUCACGUCACUAAUGCUACCUCUGUCUCUCGGCAUUGCAUCCAAGUCCCUAUAUUCCUCCCUGGUCAUCGGCUGUUUUUCUGCCUCUGCGACUGUAUUCACCCUUAUCAAGGCACUGUAUAUUGUAGGGGUCCCCUUUGUGCCGCUUAUUCUGGGACUCGGAGCGAUGGCAUGUCUUAUGUUUCUGAACAGCUUCUUCAGCUGGCACCUGAACAGGACAGAAAAUAAAGCUGAAACAAUGUACAGUGUACAGUUGCGGAUUAAUUGCUGUGAGCAUAAACAAGAAGAGCCAGAGAAGCAGGAACUAUGGCAGAGAUCCCUGAGACACCAGUUCAGAGAAUCACUAAGAGACAGAGAGAGAAUCCUGAGCAGCAGGAAGGUGCUGAGCUUCAGGCAGAAACAAGGAUCUGGGUCUGAGGCCCCGCCCCUGAGGAGAAGUCUGCUGAGACCUCUGUUUGUCCUUCACCUCUUCUCAGACGCAGUGCUCCUGACCUGGCUGCACUUCUAUAUCUCAUCACUGAACCAGCACCUGCGCAGCGUUACUGACGAUCAGCAGAGAGCAGAUCAGUUCUCCUCCAUUUUUGGGUCCCUGCAGAUGCUCAGUCUGAUCUCAGCUCCUCUUGUAGCCCUCCACCGAAAUCAACAAAUCAUAAAGAGAGAGAGGAAGCGAGGAGAAGCUGAUUCUGGGUGUGUCUCACAGAGACUGUCUUUGGCACUCAUACUUCGGAUCCUUGCAGUCUGUGGCUUUGGAGUUAGCUGUCUCAUUCCAUCCCUAGGGGUGCAGGUCUUGGGGUUCAUUAUACAUGUGAUUGUGAGGAGCUCCUCGUUUAUUCUCAGCACUGAGCUGUUUAACUACUUUUUCCCUGCCACUCACUUUGGAGCACUGCUGGGAAUAUAUACAGUUAUUACAUCAAUGCUGACUGUCUCUCAGUAUCCUCUAUUCCUACUACUCACAGGCACUCUAAAUGGAGACCCCUAUUGGAUACAUGCUACUUUUCUUGGGCUGUCCUCCUGUGCUGUGCCGGUUCCUCUUUAUCUUUGGAUACAGCGCACUAAAAAGAACCAUCACAAACCUAUUGUCCUCCGCAGGGCAAACCCCUCAAAUAAAACCCAUCAGCUCACAAAAGUGUGACAGUAACUGUUAGUAAAACAUGAACUGUGUUUAUAAGUACUGUGGUGACAGACAUAUUCAGUUUUACUAAAAUUGCUCUCACUAUUCCGCUUUCCUACACCUUGAAUCCAGGUGUAAUACAUUUGGGAUCUGUAACUAGAAACUGAAUUAGAAAUCCCUGUUGUAGAGCUACUAUUCUCGGGUUCUCCCAUAUCCAUCCCUUCAAACCCACCAGGUCUCAAAUUAAGUUAGGUCCAUCACUUCUUCCUCUUCACUAAGCUGCAGUGAGACAAUCUUACUGUAUCCCAAGAGACUGCAUUUGGAUUAUUUAAACUAUAAUAGUCACUCCCCAUCACUACACCUUCAGAAGUGGUGAUCACUAGACCUUCAGCUCUGGUGAUACUUCCUUGCUAGGCCUUCAGUGCUGGUGAUCCUUCCUUCACUGGACCUUCAGUGCUAGUGAUCCUUCCAUCGCUAGACCUUCAGUGCUGGUGAUACUUCCAUCGCUAGACCUUCAACGCUGGUGAUCAUUCCUUCGCUAGACCUUCAGUGCUGGUGAUCCUUUCAUCACUAGAUCUUCCACACUGGUGAUACUUCCAUCAGUAGAUCUUAAGCCCUGGUGAUUCUUUCAUAAGUAGACCUACAAAAUGUGAGAUCCUCUUCUCCUCUAAAAUCUAAAAAUGCAUAAUAAAGUGCCACAGGGCUAAUACACAAGCUCCCAAAAUAUCUCCUAAUCAAAUCUUACUGGCAUAGAAUGUAUAGAAUAAGGGAGCAGCAAAAAACAAGGCAAAAGUGUCAAAAGAUAAACAAAAAAUGUCUAUGUGGAUUCAUUAAAUAUGAACAAUUAAAUCAAAUAGAGUUUAAUAUAUGCGCAUAUAAAAAUAUAUUAGUAUGAUAAAUGGGCCCAGAAAAAAGAAUAAAAUAAUGAAAAAAUGUGUAGAUGAAAAAAUGAUGAGAAAUAUGUCCCAAAAAAAGGUGUCCAAAGAUGAAUUGUGUCCGAAUAUUAGUGAUUCCAAAAAAAUAAAUCCUAUAUGGAUGUCCAAAAUGAUAUUCCAAAACAUGUGAAAGUAUUUUUCAGUUUGCAUAAAGUCUUUCAAUAUGUGCAUGCAUUGCGAAGGUUUCCGAAAUAAAAAAGUGUACAUAGUGCAAUGCAACAAAUAAACCAAUAAUCCCCAAUAAUGAAAAUAUGAGGUUUACCAGAUACAUAAAAUACAACAGCAGUUUAAUAGGUAACUAGAGCAGCACCAAUAAGCCCAAGCGUUUCGUCCCUAAGAGUGGUGCUUUUGUUUUUCAUCAUUUUUUUCAUUAUUUUUUGUAGGCCCAUUUAUCAUACUUACAUAUUUGUAUAUGCGCAUAUAUUAAACCCUCUUCACCUUAAAGGGCCACUGUAAGUAAAUAUUUUCUAUGCCUGUUACUAACUAACUACCCCAAAUACGCUUUUUAUCAAUAUCAUUUCAUUAACAUAUCUCUACCAUAUAUCAGAAAUCUUGUCUGCAAAUUAAAUUGUUUUCCAAACCCACUCCGUGGGUAUCCUUUGCUCUGUACCAAUCCGUUUACAAUACCUAGGUUUCAAAAUGGCGCUUUAAACACAAUUUCAUUGGUUUAAGUAUUUUGAACACGCAGUGCUGAAAAUAGUGGGCAGGAUAACGUGACAUCAUCGGGGAAUAAAAUAUAUAACUUUUAUAACGGUAUGAAACUUCGUUUUGGAGAAAAUAUAGGUCAGUAGGUUUUAAUUAAUGUUUAUUAACUUUAAUAUGUUAGUUGUUUGGCUUAAAAAUUAUAACAGAAAGUAAUCCUUUAAGCAUGUAUAACUGAAGGCUCUUCCUAUAAUAGAACUGAAUAGGGAUGAUAUAAACUACCCACUCACUUGCUUUAAAGCUGAAAGCACAGUUCAUCCCCUCACUGAUAUCACUCGAAAUCAAAACCACAGUCACAAAAUCUGGAACACUUAUAAAUAUUGUAACCUAUUGCAUUGCUGUUCCUCCACUUCCAGCUGUCCAGAGUGACUCACUAAUUGCAGGGUUAUGGUAUUGACAAUCCUAUGCUUCCUAAAGCAGCAAUACUGCAGCCGGACAGAUAGCUCAGCAUGCUAAUGCACUGUGGCUGUGCUCUGUAGCAACCUGAGGGUUGCAGGUUUGAUCCCCGGUGAGGUCCACUCAGUCUUUCAUCCUUCUGAGGUCAAUAAAAUGAGCAGCACCUUGAGACCCUUACGGGUGAUUAGCCGCACUUUACAAGUACCCAAUACAUACACUGAAGGAUCAUUUGCUUCCUAGGCAAGAAGCAAUGAUAAUGUUUAUAAUUCUACAGUUGUGACAUUGAUGAUGCUAUAGUUCCAAGACCCUUGAGAUUCUCUUUUUUACCUACAUGAGUGAGCAACCCCAUAGGUCAGAUGUGCUUUUCUAGAGCAAUGGCUUUGUAGAUCCACAAUUACUAGACACACUCUAAGCCCCUCCUUUCAAUAAUCCAGGAGGGGCUUCAGUUAUCAUAUAGCUACAUGUCUCUGCAACACUAAAUACAAGUAUGAUUUUUAACUUUAUCAUUUCUUUACUCAUGAGUUCAACAAAAUGUUGAGUUAAUUAUUUAAAUCCCACAGAUACUAGACAUAUUUUUAUUUUUUACUUAGCAACAAGUUGAAAUAAAUUAACAAAAAUAAUGUUCUUUAGAAAGGAGUAUUAUUUUAAUGUAUUAUGAACGUUAAUCUAGUAUUUAUUAAGCCUAUGUUUGCUAACAUACAACUAAGUAUAUUCUGACUGUAAUCAUACCUUACUUUUGGAUUUGUAUAAUUAUAUAUAGAUAUUCCACAACUAGGUUCUAUUAAUCAUAUAAUUUACAGGGCUGUCACUUUGCAUUCCUGUACUUUGCAAUAAAUCUGUAUUUAAAGAGAAAGUAACACCUUGUAAUUACAAGAAAUUUCUGCUGUGUUGCUAUGGAAAGACAUAUCAGCCAAGUCUUAACAUUUUUAAAACAAGUUAACAUCCUUUAUACUGCAGUUAUUUUUUUUUUUAAUUUGGAGAAGCCAAUCUGAGCUUUAGUCCAAAGACGAGUCUAGUUACUGUCACAAAGAUCUUUUGAGGUAAAUUGUUUUGCAGUUAUUAUUUGAUAAAGCCAAUCAGGGACAGAUAUGUAGCAGAUUUAGCCUUGAGACGACAGCAGGUACAACUUUACAAUUUACUUCCAUUAUCAAAUUGUAGGGUUUUUUGGUGGGGUGGUUAUCUGCACAUUUUGAGACACAAGCUCCUGAGCAUUUGCAAGAGUUCACAGUUUACAUCUGUGAUUGGCUGAUUGGCUGAUGGUUGUCACAAGAUACAGGAGGCAGAGAAAUGGAAGGAUUUAGUUUUUUGUUUUUUAAAUGAAAUCCUUUUAACGCCAUUAUGCCGUUCUAUUCCGUCAUAAUUACACUGGGCUUCAGAGCCGUUAUGAUGGAAUAGAACGUCAUAGCCAACGGCUGUCCUGAAGUCUACUGCGCUUCCCAGAUUUGAUUGCGGUCUGGAGGGCGUUCCUAGGGUUAUAGGGAAGCCCCCCAGACCCGAUCCAAUAAUUUAAAUCUUGUGAUCGUGUGCACGAUCGCGUGAUUUCAAUUUGUCUACAUCGGAACCCAGCAGGAAAGGGUUAAGUCUCACAAGACCUCACAAAUUGUCACCUCAUGCUAGAGAUUUGUUGUGAAAUCGUUUGACCAGGCAUUUUAUUAUGGUUAAGGGGCAACAGAUUCCCAGUACCCAGAACUGCAUAACUACUAAAUACACAACUGGUUACACCAUUUUUAUUUUUUUACCAGUGUCUCUCACUAUUUGUUUAAACCAGCAAUAAACUUAUUUUUUUGUUUA